AUGACGCGCGCUCAGCCAGAAGGAUAUGAUAAACUAGCAGCCGUAAUGGCUCUAGACCCCGGAUCCUGCAUCUUCCGCCGAUUCGCCAAGCUCAACGCCAAAAACCUCCUCUACCUCCAAGCAGAAGUAGCCUACAUCGAAGAAGAUCUUCAGCAUAUUAUAACUGAAGACAAAAAUUCCGCAUCACCCGAGAAGGCAAACUAUCCCUAUUCAGUAUGGGAGUUGAAGGAAUCUCUCCACCAGAAGGAUGAGUAUCCCGAGCAGUGGAUGAAAGUUCUCGAAGCGCGGAAAUUGUUGAAUGAGUAUAACGCAGCACUUCUCCAACAAGCCCAGCUCCUACAGUUUAGCAAGCCGGAGACGGCCGAUCUAGAAGUUCUCCAGGAGUGGCUAAACCGGGAACACAGCGAGAAAAGAUACUUUUCCCCGGAGGAUCAGUGGAGCGGAGAGAACGCUGAAGAUCUGAUUGCGUUACAUAGCCGACACGAUAACACGGACAAGUUCACCCGUCUUGUGUUUACGCGUGUCAUCCCGUUUUUCCAUAGAUGGCUAGGAUAUCGGGAUACUUCCCGAAAAGAUAUCGAAGCCGGUGUUUGGUACUACAAUAACCGGAGAAUCAGAUCCUGGACAUAUAUAGUAAGCUUGCUAAUCUCGGCCCUCCUACCUACUACUUCUGUAGUCGCGCUGUACUUCAUCCAACAGACAGCGGCCAAAUUGAUUAUUAUUUUCUUGUACAAUUUCAUAUUCGUGCUCGUUAUGGGCCUCAUGGUCAAGGCUAGACGGGUGGAGAUUUUUGCAACGGCGGCAGCGUUUGCUGCAAUUCAGGUGACCAUCCUUACGAGUGGGAAUGGAAGCUCUUGA